CAACUGACACCAUCAUGAGGACGACCGGCAGCGCCUACUAAGCCCAGCGCCAACUUUUCUUUUCUUUUUUUUGCUGGACUCUCCAACGACUUGUUCGGUACCGUUCAGCGCAAACGUGAAAGCGACCAUCGGGGACAUCAUCAUGGGCUGUAUAAAUUCUAAGAAAGACAUCAACGAUGCACAUUCUAACAUUUUCCAUGUUAUCAACUUGGACGAUGAUGGCACGGAACGAUGGAGCGGCCAGUUGGAAGUAUCUCGAACCGAACUCACCCUCUACCGGAAGGGUAAGGAACCGACGAUGUGGCCGCUUAAAUGUCUGCGACGUUACGGCUUUAACGUGGACCAGUUCAGCUUCGAGGCGGGCCGACGGUGCGCCACUGGCGAAGGUAUCUACGCAUUCCGAUGCCGCCGAGCCGAAGCCCUCUUCUACACCGUGCAAGGGCGCAUCUACAGCGACGAAAAUACGAACCCCAACGAUCCUUAUCCGAUUCCUCUGGCUUCCAAUGGACCUUCGGUGGCGGCGCGCAGUGUCUCACAGAAUAAUACCGCGACCCGUAACAGUGGCGGUCAGGGACAAUCAGCCGGGGGGCAACAGAUGCAGUGUACGUUCGUGAUGAAUCGCACCGGAAUGGCCACUAGCCAGUCUCUCAGUCCGAACGGUACGAUUCACUCGAACUCUAACCAAAGCCGUAGCACGGACACGCUGGCUAUGAUGGAAGGAAACUACCUAGAACCUACCCCGAACCGAACCGGUGCAACGGCCGGCUCGAUUCAACCACAAACGAUAACGACCCGGUUCCAGCAGGGGCUUCGGCUUAGCUCGGUCAGCAGUGGACCGAUCAGUCCCGACAUAACCUCGCCUGGAUCCCCGAACAGCAUGACCAACAUUUUGGAAGUGACCACGCUGAACCCUUUGCCUACUUCACACACGAGCGGUAGCGUGCAUCAGGGCGUCAGUAACCUGUACCAGGAGUUUCCGAUGAAGGACACAUCGGCCAUUGCCAUGCACCAUCAUCACGUACACCACGCCAACCAUCAGAUCGCCCCUCUCUUAGCGGCGACCGCAAUGGGUCUGCCGGGUUCUGGUGCGGUUGUGGUACGCAACUCGAUGGAUGUUCCACCCCAAGAAUUGGCCCCUCUUGCGUUAGGGACGGGCAAUGUCGUGCUUGGCGAUCCGAAUGCUGCAGCAUCGGCAACGGCCAUCCCGGCUGACUGUGCUGAUCUUCCACCUUCCACGCCGGAUGGGAUGGAUUCAAGUCGGAUGUACAUGAAUGUAAAUAUUAGUGCGACCACCUGCUUGGACGGCGCUCCCGGUGGAAACGGGAAAAAACCGGCGACAUUCACCAGCAAAAGCAACUCUAGUCUGAUUUCAAUUUCGAACUUCAACAACAACAAUCACACUCACAGUACGGGUUCGUUCGACGAGGGUCAGUACCAGAACGUGCGCACACCAACGUCGACCGGUCCUGCCGGAAUGGCUAGUGGCAUGGUAGUAGCGAGUGGCAACGGUGCCGGUAAUAUUUUCGCACAGUUUCAUGCUCGACAUAACAGUAACGCCCAACCAGCCGGCACAAGCUUUCCAUCCGAUCCAAAUCGAUUCUACGAAAACCUCGAACCCGCGGAGCUGAAGGCGUGUCUGCUGCGGGGACGCUGCUCGAAGCCCGACAUUUUCAGCAAUGUCGAGCUGCCAGUUGCCGAUCAUUCGGAACCGGGUACACCGACGACCACCGUUAACCGGAAGGUAAACUAUAUCGUGCUCGAUCUGGAUCAGUCAACCUCGUCGCACAGUAUCAGCGACAGGGCCAACGUGUCCGGUGUCCUCUCACCGACCGGUUCCGUACCCGGUGUAUCUCUCAAUGGCAACGUCUCCAACGGAAAUGGUAUCGCUAAUAACAACAAUAACAACAACAACAGCAACACCGCUAUUAACUUGAACAAUGUGACAACGGCCGGUGUUACGCUCCCCGCAGCAAUUAGUCCUGGAAACUGUGAACGACCCACCGGCUUGCUCGGGGGCGUUGGGGGUGCCUGCACAGGUGGAGGAACCGUGCUCUGUGGAACGGUGGGCACCGGUGUCGGGUUGCUACCACCGGAAAGCCCCAAAAAGGCUUCGCUCGGGUAUGCGACGAUCGAUUUCAACAAAACGGUCGCCCUAAGCAAUUCAACCACGCCAUCCUCGGAGCUGGAUUGCGAGGGUUCACGCAAGACGCGCCAUAAUUCGACCGUAACACCGCUCGCUCGGCAAAGUAACUCCGUCAGUGAUUGAGCUACCGAAGGCGAAGUAUGGUAAGAGUUCUGGCCAGCUCUUUUGCCUUAUUCGCUCCACUAACCGGAUAGUGGUUUGCUUCAUGAUAUUAGAGCCCUCUUCGAGCGAAGACGAUGCAAGUCAAAAAUCCUCGUAUAAUGAUUGAACUGAAUAGUUUUUUUUUAUUCUUAAACAUGUUUAUCAUAACUGCAGCUGGAAUAGUUUUACGUUACAAUUUUAUGGCUAGUUUUGAAACUUUGUUUUGCCAGAUUUUCUAUUUAUCCUUCAACUUGUCGCCGUUGGUGUGUUUGUGAAGGAAUUUAGGAAUCUAUUUUAACAUGACCAUUGGCAUGUUUUAUAUUCAAUUUUAUUAUACUGAAUAUUUAAUAGCGGUUGAAAUGGUGGAUACAUUAUUUGUAUGGGAUGUGUGGGAUCUUUAUGUUUACACAGAAAGACUUUCUUCUGAAAACAACCAAUCAAUAGGCCUAUAGUAAUGUUGAAUCAAAUAUUUCACUAACCAACCUGUGUGUGCUUUUAGUCAUUUUUCUAUUCUAUUAAAAACGCACAACUAUCGAACACUGCUAGUCCCGCAACCUUCUUGUUACGUGGCACACCUUUCGAGGCGCUACGAACAACAAUUCUGGAUCGUUUGGAAGAGGAUGCUUGUUCGCAGUAAAUAGGAAAUUAUAUAGUUUUAACAAAGCAUCGUUGGCUCAGGCGACAGCCUAUUUAUUUCUUAUGAUAUUUUAUCACUACCACAAAUGGUACACAAUGUUGAAACAAACUGCUAGUGUCCUACAGGGGUGAAGUUGACCUCUACAGAAACACUUUUGGGUUAAGUAAACGUUGUCCCAUGUGUAGUUAUCCGAAUGAUGGGAUUUAUGAAUUCGGUACACUCGUGUACAAAGCAAAACUGUGCUUGCUCACGUUGUGUUUCCAAGUUUUCUAACGAAAUGCAGACGAACCAAAGCUAAGCUGUAUCCAAAAGUUGAAGAAAAACGAAAAUACCAAAGGAGAAAAUAAGAACAGAGCCACCAAAGUAACGUAAAUGUGUAAUAAAUAUGUUCAUUGUUAGUUGUAAGGCAGAGGUAUGUAGGCCAGUUGCAUGGCGCGGUAGAGAGAAUAUUAAAGCUAAGCACUAUUGAGGAAAGGGUUAACGUGAACGAUAUUAUAUAUAUGUAAGUGAUCAUAGUUAAUUAUUUGCUUUGAAAAACGAUCGUUAUGGCGAUAAUAUGGCCCUUUGCAAGGGUGCAAAACGUUGAAUUGUAAAGAGACUGUGAAGAGCUAUUUGAAGUAAAGGAGCGGAAGGAGAGGAGAGCAACUUUGUGAAGCCGAACAGCAAUUCACAUGGAGAAAUAAUUCCCAUGCUGCUACUAGCUGCUGCUGGUGGUCAGUGUUUGAGAAGCCAAAAGACCGAAAACCCCAUAAACGGUAGCAAAAAGCCUGCUGUACUAGGCAUAGUGGCGAGGAGAUGUUACACAAAACCCCAGUUUACUAGCUAAAUGAGACCGAUUGGUAACUAAAGAGACACUACCAGUGAUUCGUUAAGUUUGUUCAUUUUAUACUUGAACUAAGCGAUUUACCGCGAGGGGAACAGUACGGAACUUAGGACGGGCUAAUUGGGCGCCCCGAGGGGCUGUUGCUGUUACACAACACGGUAACUAUUGUUAGUUUUAUUUUGCUUAAACUUUAGGCAUAGUGUGUAAGGAAAACGCUCCUUGCUGUAAUAACCCCCAAAAAAGCGGUGAAAUUAGUUCCAAACUGUACAUGAAUGCUACUAGCCAAAUCACGAUGGGAUGCCACACCAUUGCUGUUGCACACAUCGAUGUUGUGUCGAUGCUGAACAGCAGUGAACGUUGAAUUAACAAA